CGGCACGGCCAUGACGGGGCGCUGCGUGAGGCGGGGGGGGCACGUGACACGGGCGGGACGCGUGACACGGGCAGGCCACGUGAGGCAGGAGGAAGACGCGUGAGCAGGGCGGACGCACGUGACCCCGCGGGUGCCGCCACGUGACCGCCGGGCGACCCCACGUGUCCCUGGCUCGGCCCGGCCAUGGCGGGCGCGGUGGCGGCCGCGGGCUCCGUGGAGCAGUUCCAGAAGCUGCUGCAGCGCCCGGACAGGUCCCUGGUGGUGGUGCACUUCUGGGCGCCGUGGGCUCCGCAGUGCGCGCAGAUGAACGAGGUGAUGGCAGCGCUGGCCCGCGAGCACAGCCAGGUCACCUUCGUGCAGCUGGAAGCUGAGGCUGUGCCUGAAGUGUCUGAAAAAUAUGGAAUUAGUUCUGUUCCAACGUUCUUGUUCUUUAAGAACUCCCAGAAGGUGGACCGUCUGGACGGCGCUCACGCUCCGGAGCUGACGCAGAAGGUGCAGCGGCACUCGGCCGGCUCGGGCGGCCCCGGCGGCGCUGCCCCUGCCCAGGAGCAGCUGCACGCCCGCCUCAGGGCGCUCAUCAACGCGGCGCCCUGCAUGCUGUUCAUGAAGGGCUCUCCCAAGGAGCCGCGCUGCGGCUUCAGCAGGCAGAUGGUGGAGAUCCUGCAGAAGCACGGCGUGGCCUUCAGCAGCUUCGACAUCUUCUCCGACGAGGAGGUUCGCCAGGGCCUCAAAGCCUUCUCCAACUGGCCGACCUACCCGCAGCUCUACGUGGCCGGGGAGCUCAUCGGGGGCCUGGACAUCGUCAAGGAGCUCGAGGCGUCGGGAGAGCUGGACACGAUCUGCCCGAAGGGCCAGAAGCUGGAGGACAGGCUUAAAUCCUUGAUAAACAAAGCUCCUGUGAUGCUCUUCAUGAAGGGAAACAAAGAGAUGGCAAAAUGUGGCUUCAGCAAGCAAAUCAUUGAAAUCAUGAACAACACUGGGGUGCUGUUGCUCUGUGAUCCUUCCUCCCCAUUCCCAGCGGGAAUAACGCGAACAUCCCGUUCUCUCCCUGUGCCCAGCGUGGACUACGAGACCUUUGACAUCCUGGAGGACGAGGAGGUGCGCCAGGGGCUGAAAUCCUUCUCCAGCUGGCCCACCUACCCCCAGCUGUACGUCAGGGGGGAGCUGGUGGGGGGCCUGGACAUCGUCAAGUGCAGCAUGGUAUGGAAUUACUGAAGUGGAGCUGUUGAUGCCAAGGUGUGGGAGAAGAAGAGCAUUCCACGUUGUUCCCCAAGUGUGUCCUGGUGCUCCUUGGGCAGUUGCCAGCCCUGAAAUGUGAAUUUCUGUCCCCGGGAGGAGCAGGGCAGGCCCCUCCUGCUCAGAAUCCCCAGGAUAUUUCAGCUUCUUCUGGGGGUUUGUGGGUGGGAAAACAAAACCCAUCCGUGGGUGGCGAUUCCUCCUCCGGGGUGUUGGAAAGCUCUGUGCCUGGAAUGUCUGGGAUUCCACCUGGGAGGAGAUCAGGGACCCCAGGCAGAGCCUCCAGGCUGUGAUUUUUUUAUCUCUUUCAUUAAAUCCACCCAAACCAGAGUUUAAAUCCUUGAUAAACCUCAGAGCUGCCAUCCAUCACUGCUGC